AUGAUCUUCAGGGGGAAUGAGAUCAAUAGGGUCACCUUUUCAGCGGCGAAGAAGACGAAAGUUUCAAUAACUAAUAGUAAAAGGCUCCGGGAAGAUGAUAUAACUUUCACGGAGGAAGAUGCUGAUGGAUUGUUGCUUCCACACAAUGAUGCACUGGUGAUUUCUUUAAACGUAUUAGAUUUUAAGAUUAAACGUGUUCUAGUGGAUCCAAAAAGUUCAGCUAAUAUCAUACAAUGGAGAGUACUGGAGCAAACCAAACUCACCAGAAGCAUUAUUCCGGCAACAAAGCUCCUCGCUGGAUUCAACCUCGCAAGCGUGACAACCCGAGGAGAGAUAUUGCUGCUCACAAACACUGAAGGAGUAAUGAAGACAACUCUCUUCGAAGUUGUAGACGGAGACAUGGGGUAUAAUAUUAUCCUAGGAAGGCCAUGGUUACAUGAGAUGAAAGAUGUGCCUUCAACGUAUCACCAAUUGUUGAAAUUUUUGACACCCGAGGGGAUCCAGCAGAUAAGGGGUGAUCAACCGGUAGCAAGAGAGAUGAAUGCAAUCUCGGUCUCUAGUAGCAAAGGAAAAGAGCACGUGACAUAG